GAUAGGCCACACCGCAAGACGUCACCUGCGAUAGCUAAUAAAUAUGAACUAUCAUAAAUAUUGGAGCUCAAAUCCCGCAGCCUGAUGUAGGCAUUAAGGAGCUGACUGAAUACGUGUAUUUUUGCCAGCGUUUGCACUUUUGGCCCCCUCCGCCAGCGACACACGGUCGCAGCUAACUUCCAAUCCAAUCGAACGGUGGCCAUUUUGCAUAGGAGCGAUGCUGUGCGCGACACAGGCGGUCGUCAAAGUGCAAUAAACGUCUCUUCGUGUUCCGCUCGCCUUGCUGUCGAGCGAAUGUCCGUGAUCGGUUCUCCCUCUGGGGUUUGUUUUUUGGUUUGGCUUUUUUCUCGCCUUCAAGCAGCGUGAAACCGAAAGAUGGCCACGCCCCCCUCCCCCGUUAAGAGAAGAAGCCGAGGAGCGCUCGCCUCGCGCUCCCCACUUCGCGCCGCCGCGAGAAUGGAGCAGCAGCUCGGCCGAGCUUUGUGCAUCAUCACCGGGGCGUCCAGAGGCUUCGGCCGGGCCGUCGCGAAGGCCAUGGCCCGCCUGGUGGAGCCCGAGUCGGUGUUCGUCCUGGUCGCCCGCUCCGGAGACGAGCUGCGGACUCUCCAGACGGAGCUGGCCGCGUCGGACCUGGACGUUCGCUGCGCGGUGGCGGAUCUGUCCCUGGAGGGAGCGCCGGAGAACGUCGUCCGGGCGGCCAAGGAAGCCUUCUCGGCCGACAUACGGCACGUCAUUCUCGUCAAUAACGCCGCCCGCACAAUGACGGUGGGGAACACGGAGACCGUUGAGCUGUUUGAUGCCGGGCCAAAAGGUCGCGGCCUAAGAGCCGGCAGAGACCUCGGCACCGGGGAGGUGGUCUUUGCAGAGGCCAGCUUUGCUGCUGUGGUCUUUGACAGCGUGUUCAUGCAGGUAUGCCACAACUGCUUCCGUCAGCAGGCCGCGCUACAUCGUUGCGCCCAGUGCCAGUUUGCCUUCUACUGCAACCGCACCUGCCAGACCGCAUGCUGGGAUGAACACAAGAACGAGUGCGCGGCCAUUAGGGAGGCUGGCAAGGCGCCCGAUGAAAACGUUCGUCUUGCUGCUCGUGUGCUCUGGCGCCUUCACAAAGACUCGGGCAUUGUCUCAGACAGUCAGUUGAUCUCGGUGGAACAGCUGGAGGACCACGUGUCUGACCUGCCGCAGAAGAACCUUCAACGGCUCGAGACUGACGUCCAGAGCUUCCUGGAAUAUUGGUCUUAUGGAAAGAAACGGCACUCGGUUGACUACAUCUCACACAUCUUUGGCAUUAUUGCGUGCAAUGGAUUCAUAAUGAGUGACCAGAAGGGGCUGCGAUCCGUCGGUGUGGGGCUUUUCCCGAACCUGUCUUUGGUCAACCAUGACUGCUCGCCCAACUGCUCUGUUGUCCUCAACCAUGGCAAUCAAACUGCCGUGAGCUCUGCUCUCCAUUCUCAGAGGAGGAUCGAGCUGCGAGCUUUAGGAAAAAUCCCCGAGGGUCAGGAGUUGACCGUCAGCUACGUUGACUUCCUCAACCUGUCAGGUGUCCGCAAGAAGAAGCUGAUGGAACGUUACCAUUUUGAGUGCACGUGCCAGCGCUGCAGCCAGCACCUCAAGGAUGAUCUGAUGAUGGCUGCUGCAGAGGCCAAACCGUCUGCUGAGAAGCUGAAGGAGGUGACUGCCGUUAGCGAAGACUGUCUGGAGAAGAUCGAGAAGUGCCAUGUUGAGAAAGAUUUCCACGAGGUGGUGAAGCUGUGCGGUGAGUGUUUGGCGAAGCAGGAGAACGUCCUGGCUGACACUCACCUGUACAAACUGCGUGUGCUCAGUGUAGCCAGCGAGGCACUUUUAUUCCAGCGGUUGUUCCCUGAGGCUGCAGCGUACGCUCAGAGGAUGGUGGAUGGAUACACGAAGUUGUAUCCCUGCAACAACGCCCAGCUGGGCUUGGCCAUCAUGCGCGCUGGCGUCGUACAUUGGCAGUCAGGGAAGACCGAGCUGGGCCACAGCAUGAUCUGCCAAGCUUACAGCAUUCUCAUGGUCACUCACGGGCCCGACCACGCGAUCACCAAAGACCUGGAGUCCACGCGCAUGCAGACGGAGUUGGAGUUGAAGAGGAAGAAGGCGACGUCACCCUGAGCUGCGUCGAUUUCAAGAAGCGGCUUGUCCGUCGCUCCCGGUAGCCGUAGGUUGGCGAAUCACCUCGUGUAAAGAGAGGGCAUAACCAACUUGAACACGUAACUGCAAUAAAACGCACGUUUCGGCAUGCGUCGUGAUCACUUCCUCGCCGUCAAGAAGUCAUUCUGGGAAAUGCAGCUUUACGUUCUCCGACCUUUUGAAUCUGCAGAUUCCCAAGCGUCUGAAUUAACUUCUUUCGACUUUCUGUUUCCCUCUCCCCGUUUCUCCCUUUUUAGUUGCCUUGGUUCAACCUUUGUGAUACAUAGCCAAGCGUGAAAAGUAAAUGGAAAGGAAUUUUAGGAGGAAAAGGGCUAGCAAAGGAUCGACAGAACGUGAGCAGUAAAGACUCGGUUGCGAGCGUGAAAAUAUCAGGAACAAAAUGAAAAAUGAAAAAUCAGAUGCGAAAUGCGUGAAAGAUCCGUUGACAAAUAGCAGACGUGAAACAAGACGUGGCGGUGAGGAGUGCGAGGCAGCGAUGAGGAAGUGGAACUGGCUCAGCACACCUGCGACCACAACAUUAUCAUCGUAAUUAAUACAUAUGAUGACUGCUUUACAAACAUUUAAUGUCUAUAAUUUUCAGCUGUUUAUGGAACAGUCACCUAUUCGGCUUGCCAUAUGAAGCGAUAUAGGCUAAAUUGUUCCCAUCUGUCAAUUCGGUCAACAUGGUAUCAUGUGGUGGUUUCCUACACGCGGCGUACAAAUUGCAAGACCUGUCGACGACAGAAUGUUUAUGGUUAAAAAGGGGAAGAAAAGGCACACGGGGGUCUGACUGAAAUUCAACUUCAAACCCCCAAAAAUCCAAUGAUGGUACACGUUACUUUUGGGCGUGACCAAUGAUUGCAGAUCCUGGAUCAGUAAUCGAGACCACUUUUUAUGUAUUUACAUUUAGCAAUGUUUAUAUAUACACACACACACACACACAACGGAUGAAAUAAGUAUUUAACACGUCACCAUUUUUCUCACUAAAUAUAUGUCCAAAGGUGCUAUUGAUAUGAAAUUUUCACUAGAUGUUGGGAACAACCCAAAUAAUCCACACAUACAAAGAAAGUCGAACAAAUGAGAUCAGAAAUUAAGUUGUGUGUCAUAAUGUGAAAUGACACAGGGCAAAAGUAUUGAACACAUGAAGAAAGGGAGGUGCAAAAAGGCACCACCGCCGAAAAUCGAUCAAUAAUCAAACAUAUCAGCUGGUUCAGUCCUUAUUGUUGGCAUACAAAAAGGUGUCAUUGCCAAGGUGUGAGUCAAGACGCAUCACAUGAUGGAUGAGAGCCGAGAGCUGUCUCAAGACCGGAGCAAAGGAAUUGUUGCAAAACAUAACGAUGGCACUGGUUACAGGCGCAUAUCGAAGCUUCUGAAUGUUCCAGUGAGCACGUUUGGGGCCGUAACGCGUAAGUGGAAAGCCGAUCAUACCACCGUGAAUUUGCCUCGAUCGGGUGCUCUAUUUGAAAUGCGGACCCGUCGGACCACGGAACACUUUUCCACUUCGCGUCAGUCCGCCUCAGAUGAGCUCGGCGAGCCCAGAGAAGCCGGCGGCGUUUCUGGGUGUUGUUAAUAAAUGGCUACUAUGCAAAACACUGCAGGAAGUUGGAAAUGAUCAGACAGACAAAUUGGUGACGGUCCGAGAGGUAUGAUAAAACCAGCAGAGAACACCGACAGCCAGGCGGUCCAGGAAUAGCGGGUGAGAAAUGGCGUCGAAGGCUGCGCUGAGGUCCAGGAGGAUGAGAAUGGUGAGUAGUUCAGAGUUGGCUGCACGGAGGAAGUAAUCUGGGGUUUUGACCAGGACCGUUUCAGUGCUCUGAUUGGGGCAGAAACAGGAUUGGAAGGGUUCAUGGAUAUUACGUGUGCCGAGGUGGGACUAAAGUCGUGCGGGAAAAAAAACGGAAUUUGUAUUUCUAAAUAAAGCCAAGGUUGGCAUCGGCCUAUUGAGAUUAAGGUCAACUGGAUUGGCACCGGGUUUUUUCAUGAUGGGUGUGAUGGCAGGUAGUUUGCAAGUAGCAGUGGCGAGGGAGGAGCGGAUUUAUGUCUGUGACCACGGGGUGAAUGGAUGGUAAA